UGAUUCUGAAAGAGAGCAAAACAUAUGAUCGCGCAUUGUUGGGCACUAAUUCGCUCUGAGCUCACCUUGAAAGUGGCCAUGGUUUUCGGCUGAAAAAACUACAGCGAGCGACCGACGUGCGCCACAAUUAUUAUCAAGCACAAAGAUUUAUUUUUUCCGAUUUCCCCGACGCCAGCUCGAUCUGCCGAGGAAAGUUGGCGAAGUCGCGAGUGCAAACGCCGGUUCUCUUAAUUGUUUUCCGUUCGCGAUUCACUCUCGAUUUUGGCGAGCAUCAAGAAGAAGAAUUCAGUCCGAUAAACAUGCAACUGCGCGCGCGCUCGUACGUCGAGUACUUCCCGUCAGAGGUCUCUGGCGAGGCGAAGCAGGUGGUGACGUCACGCAACCCCCCACCAGCGCAAGCCGAGGAAGAAAUGGCGGAUGUGCCCGACCUGAAGUCGAUGAUUUUGUCCUUCAGAGUGUCAGAGCUGCAGACCUUGUUGCAACACGCCGGUAAGAACAGGAGCGGCCGCAAGUGCGACCUGCAGCACCGGGCCCUCGACCUGCUCAAGAGCCGCAACGUCAGCCACUACCAGAAGAAGAUCAAGGAACUCUACCGCUCCAUCCAAAACUCAAACUUGACCCUCUCCGGUGCCGAGGCGAAUCCUCCGGAGCCAAACAUGAGGCACAACCAGUACGGACAGCCCUCGGGCUAUGCCCCCCAGCAAAUGUCGUCGAGUGCUCGGAGACUUCCCGCUAGCGACGACGAGCAACUCUUUCAAGCCACCAGUCCCACCACCUCUUAUUCCUCCCUGAACGCCAUGUUGCAGUCUCGGACGCAUCCCCCGCCGCCGCCGCCGACCAACCCCAUGGCCUCCCACAUGGGCCACUACCCUGCCUACCCGUCCAGGAGCACCAUGAUGCCCGCCGGCUCGGGACGCUUCCCCGUCCACCCCGACGUCAAACUCAAAAAGCUGCCCUUCUACGACCUCAUCUGUGAGCUCGUCAAACCUUCCACUCUCAUGCCAUCGAACGCUGCUGCGCGAUUGCACGAGUCCAACUUCACAUUUCACCUGACUCCUCAACAAGCUACAGAAAUAGCCAUGUCCUUCAACAACAUAGGCAAAGGAGAAUACACUAUUCAGGUUCAACUGAGGUUCAGCCUUUUAGAGACUUCCACAGAACAGGACGAUUGUUUCCCACCUGGGAUAUCAGUCAAAGUCAACAACAAAAUUCUCACACUACCAAAUCCAAUUCCCAGCAACAAGCCAGGAGUGGAGCCGAAGAGGCCUCCGAGGCCGAACAACAUCACCCCUCUGCUGAAAUUGAGCCCGACCGUUGGCAACACAGUCAACGUGUCUUGGGCUCACGACUACACCAGAAACUUUGUAGUUGGAAUCUACCUUGUGAAGAAACUCUCGUCCACAGACCUUUUGAACAGACUGAAGAACAAGGGCGUCCGACCCGCCGAGUACUCCAGAGGACUGAUCAAGGAGAAGCUGCAGGAGGACGCCGACUGCGAAAUCGCAACCACCUCCCUUCGAGUGUCCCUGAUGUGCCCCCUGGGCAAGAUGAGAAUGUCGGUGCCGUGCCGGCCUUCAACGUGUGUGCACCUCCAGUGCUUCGACGCCUCCUUGUUCAUCCAAAUGAACGAGAGGAAGCCGACCUGGAACUGCCCUGUUUGUGAUAAACAUGCCUUGUACGACACCUUGGUCAUUGAUGGAUACUUCCAAGACGUACUCCUGUCUUCACGCUUGCCUGCCGACUGCAAUGAAAUCCAGUUGACCAGUGACGGCUCCUGGACCAUCAUAUCAACCAAGAAAGAGUCGAAUGCCCAAAGCCUGUCUCCAAAAAGAGAAGCGGCGGCCGCGCCUGCUGCCAAAGUGGAAAACGUUGAAACCCUGUCUGAUGAAGCUGAAGUGCUGGAGGACCAGCCGCCCAAGAAGAAGCCUGCGCCUGUGAUGGUCGACCUGACCCUGAGUGACUCUGAAGACGAGUCUCCUCCCAAGAAGAUGCACAACAGGAUUCAGGCGCCAGAGUCGAGCUCGAGUUCAAGCAACAGCAGCUUCGACUCCAACACGAGGCCGACUUCGCCGAGUUCGGUCGGGCGCCAGAGCCCCAGCGUGAUCACCCUGGACAGUCCUUCGCCGCCGCCGUCGAACCCUUUCACGCAGCCUUCCAGCACGACGGGCCACUUGGACCCCCCGCCCGCCCAUUCCAACAACUUCAUGCAAAUGUACUACAACUCGAUGAGCACCGCCCCCUCCCUGCCCAUACUCGACCUGGACUCGGACUCCUCAGGCAGCCACACUUCCAGAAACCAGAAUUACAAUUGAGCAGGAACAAGAGCGUAUUUUCACUUUCACUGUAAGUUAAGUUCAUUUUGUAAAUUAUUCCAAGAGCGUAUUUUCACUUUCACUGUAAGUUAAGUUCAUUUUGUAAAUUAUUCCAUGCAAAGGAUCAUCCUGAAACAACGUUGUCUUUUUUUGUAAAUAAAAAAAGCCAAAGAAAUAA